AACCAACGUGAUAACGUUCGUCAUUGUGGGCUCUCCAUUUUCUACACCAAACCCAAAGUAAUUCAUAGUAAUUUUGUGAACACUACAGAUUAAAAUAUAUUGAUAUUUAUUAUUGAAAUAUUCGUUUCCCGGAGUUUUGGCGAUUGGCCAAAACAAAACUCGGCCGAACACUAUCCAAGUAGCGGACGAGAUUUAACGGCAGUGUAAUCGCGUUGACAACAACACUAAUAUAUAUAUUUUUUGGAUAUAAUAUAUUCGUGUGCGAUUCAAUCAAGAUUCUAUCGAACUUCAAAAUUGUUUACCAACAGCCAUACCACAUAAACCUUUCACUGAGAUUCUUUCGGUAUUUAUUCUCGUUGUAAACUAUUAUGUUCACACUAGGAUUUACGGUUCCGACACAGUUAGCGGCAGCUUUCUCGCCUAGAGUGACUGUGCAGAGACCAAAAACACAUUUAAUACAGCAAAAUAAAACUGACCCUCAAAACAGGACUUUAGAACAGACAUUGUUGCCAGAUUACUUGAAAUCGAUUACUGACAAUGUUCCUCUUGAAAAAUUAGAAAAAUGUUUAAAAAAUUAUCCUGGGAUCCCAGCUUAUCAUAAUGUAAAAAAACAUCAACAUUAUGUGGGUUUAUUGCAAAAAACAUUAAACAAAAAAGUUGGAAAAAGGUGUUAUUAUACAGUCGACGCUAACAGUAAUUGUUUAAUUGUGUCAAGUAAACAUGAUUCAACUGCCAAAUUGUUUUUGUAUCGACCUAGACCCUAUUAUGCAGAUACCCAAAUCCGAAGCUUUAAGACUGAACGUAUUAUUGAAAAAUAUAAAAAUGAUACGAUAAGCUCUCGCAUUAUAGACUGGGCAAAGUUGUCCGACAAAGACAUUUAUAAAAAGGACACGAAUCAGUUGUUUGAUGAAAAAGAUUGGAAGGGCUUGAUGAAGGAAGAUGAAUUAAACAGACUGAAGUUAUGUUUUGCCGAAGGAUACUUAGUGGGCUCUGAAAAGAAAGACCCAAAGACCAAAUCUCAAAAAGUAUGGAAAAUGCUUCAGUCGGGAGUGUUUGUUGUUUUAGCGAUAUCUACACUGGUCACUUUAUUCAUGGUAAUGACAGGGACCAUGUUUAAAAUACAACUUUCAAACCAAGUUGAAGUGAACUCUGAAGAAAUAACAGUUACAUUUAAUGAUGUUAAAGGAGUAGACGAAGCUAAACAAGAACUAAGAGACAUCGUGGAGUUCCUAAAACAUCCAGCCAAAUUUUCCGCUCUUGGCGGCAAAUUACCAAAAGGAGUACUACUAGUUGGGCCACCCGGUACUGGCAAAACAUUGUUAGCGCGAGCUGUAGCUGGAGAAGCGGGAGUUCCUUUUUUUCAUGCCGCCGGAUCAGAAUUUGAUGAGAUAUUAGUCGGACAAGGAGCCAGACGUAUCCGCGAUUUAUUCAAAGCGGCAAAAGAAAAAGCACCUUGUGUCGUGUUCAUUGAUGAAAUUGAUUCGGUUGGCUCUAAGAGGACCAAUUCCGUUUUACAUCCGUAUGCCAACCAAACAAUAAACCAGCUACUCACAGAAAUGGACGGGUUUCAUCAGAAUCAAAACAUAAUUGUUCUUGGUGCAACCAACAGACGUGAUGAUUUAGACCGAGCAUUACUACGACCUGGUCGUUUCGAUAUUGAAGUUGAUGUUCCUAUUCCGGAUUAUGCAGGCCGCAAGCAAAUUUUAGAUCUGUAUCUAACGAAAAUACUUUGCAAAGACAUCAAUGUAGAUCUAUUAGCUAGAGGAUCGAGUGGCUUCACCGGAGCAGACAUUGAAAAUAUGGUUAACCAAGCGGCCCUAAAAGCUGCGAGUGAAGGUGCAAAAACAGUUUCCAUGAAACACUUGGAAAUAGCCAGAGACAAAAUAUUGAUGGGUCCAGAAAAAAAAACCAAAAUCCCCGACGAAGAAGCUAACAAAUUAACUGCUUAUCACGAAGGCGGUCACACGCUUGUUGCCUAUUUUACCCAGGAUUCUUAUCCUCUACAUAAAGUUACAAUAAUGCCAAGAGGUUCAUCGCUUGGCCAUACGGCAUACAUUCCCGAAAAAGAAGAGUAUCACAUUACAAAAUCUAGACUGUUAGCCAUUAUGGAUACGAUGAUGGGAGGACGUGCAGCUGAAGAAUUGAUAUUUGGUCCCGAUAAAGUCACUACGGGAGCAUCAGAUGACUUAAAAAAAGCAACCAAUAUAGCCACUAGAAUGGUCAAAGAACUAGGCAUGUCUGACAAAGUUGGUCUACGAGCACACGAGAAUCGUUCUAACGAACUGAUGAGUUUUAACGACUUGAGUCCAUCUACAAAUGAACUUAUUGACAAUGAAAUCAAAAGGAUAUUACAGGAAUCGUAUGAGCGAGCGAAGAGCAUAUUACACAACCAUCGUAAAGAGCACAAACAAUUGGCCGAAGCUUUGCUGCAGUAUGAAACAUUGGAUGCCGAUGACAUUAAAGCAAUUUUAGAUAAGCAGCAAGGUGCUAAAUAAAGAAUGUUUGCUUUACAUAAACCAAAAUAAUAUACUGUGUGUAAACAAGUUAAAUAUCGAUUAUUUUAUCAAAUUAUUGUUAAAAAAAUAAAAAUCCUGAUGAAUAUAAUAUAUGUAUAUUUUUUUUCAAUCUUUAAAGAGUUGUAAAAAUAAAAACUUGUAACUAUGGUA